AUGUCUCUCGUCCGGUUGGGACCCGCCCACCAGGGACGGAGAAUAGAGGAAGACGCAGGAAGAGUUCUCUUAAACAAACAGUCCUGGCCGAUAGUUGCGUUGAAAAAUCGAGGGAGGGUACAAGGCUUUCUCGGCCAGCCUCUCCGACCCCCUGCUCCACCGACCCGUAGCCAAAGUCUGGAAGUGUCAAGACGUCGGCGUAUUAUCCUCGAGGAUGAGUCCGAAGAUGAGUUCGUGGUUCAGGAGGUUCCCUUGAAGAAUAACUUGGCUCUGCCUAAACCGGGGUCUCGCGCUUCGAAACAGAAUGGGAAAAAAUCAAAGGGGCAGGGUAGCUGGGUUUUGCGAGGAGACAUACUGGUGGAUAGGGCGGCGGAGCAAGGUCCCUGCCCAUCCCUGGCUGCAGCUACAGCUCGGCCGCGGCGUGUCCGCAACCUCUCGAAGGGUGUCGCCCCUGAGCCUAGGGUGCAUGACGAGGUGGGUGCUACUUUGGAGGUGUCGAUGGAUACCUCUACACAGAGGAAGACUGUUCCGGUGGGUCCUCUCCCUGAUGUGUCCAUGCUAGAGGAUUCCGAUGAGACCCUCUCUGAAGAAGAUCACCUAUCUUUCGAGAUCAAACGUCGUGGGCAUGACGGCCGUCUUCCCUCGGAGGAUAACCAACCUGGCCGAGUGCAAAAGGUGAUCCAGGCCUUUGAGAGUGGGUUAAUCGUGAAUGAAUCCCCCUCUAAGAAAUGGGUGCGCAGGGCCCGAUCAAUGGAAGCGAACAAGCAACAAGACUUGGGUGUCAAUGAGGAUGGUCAGUUUGGCCUGAAUGUGUAUGGUUCCAACAUGGGUAAUGCUGCCAUUGGGGGAGUUAAACGCUCCUUGGAAUCUGUUGACGGUGCCAAUACUGAGCCUCCCAUUCCAAAGAAACAAUUUGUGGAAGAAACGGAUGAGCUAGAGAAGGUGGAGGAAGCCAGCCUCGAAUGGCCCCAGCCGGAUAAAUGA